AUGGUUUCCCGGGCGGGUGAGCUGGCUCUCCUCUGCCUUCUUCUGGGCCUGCAGGGGUCUCCAGCCGCAGUCUUCCUCACCCAGGAGGAAGCCCACAGCGUCUUGCACAGGCAAAGGCGCGCCAACUCGUUCCUGGAGGAGCUGAGGCCGGGCUCCCUGGAGAGAGAGUGCAGGGAGGAGCUUUGCUCCUUUGAGGAGGCCAGGGAGAUCUUCCAGGACACCGAGAGGACGAAGCAGUUCUGGAUUUCUUACACCGAUGGGGACCAGUGCGCCUCGAACCCAUGCCGGAAUGGAGGCACCUGUGAGGACCAGUUCCAGUCCUACAUCUGCUUCUGCCUCGACGGUUUCCAGGGCCGGAACUGUGAGACAAACAAGAAGGACCUGCUGGUCUGUGUGAAUGAGAAUGGAGGCUGUGAGCAGUACUGCAGUGACCACGCCGAGGCCGGGCGCUCCUGCCGCUGCCACAAGGGGUACGCGCUCCAAGACAACGGGGUGUCCUGCGUACCCACAGUGGAAUAUCCAUGUGGAAAAAUACCUGUUCUGUUGAAGAGAAAUGGCAGCAACCCCCAAGGCCGAAUUGUGGGUGGCCAAGUGUGCCCCAAAGGGGAGUGUCCUUGGCAGGCUGUCCUGAAGGUGGACGGGGCGCUGCUGUGUGGAGGCACCCUGCUCGACACUGCCUGGGUGGUCUCUGCGGCUCACUGCUUUGAAACAGUCAAGAACUGGAGAAACCUGACCGUGGUAUUGGGCGAGCAUGACCUCAACGAGGAUGAGGGUGAGGAGCAGGAGAGGCACAUAACCCGGGUCAUCAUCCCCGACAAGUACGUUCCCCGCAAGACGAACCAUGACAUCGCCCUGCUGCACCUGAGCAGGCCCGUGACCUUCACCGACCACGUGGUGCCCCUGUGUCUGCCCGAGAAGGCCUUCUCCGAGAGGACGCUGGCCUCUGUCCGCUUCUCAACUGUCAGUGGCUGGGGCCAGCUGCUGGACAAGGGCGCCACGGCCGUCCAGCUCAUGGCCAUCGACGUGCCCCGGGUGAUGACCCAGGACUGCCAGGAGAAGUCACGCAGGCGGGAGGGCUCGCCCACCAUCACCGAGAACAUGUUCUGUGCCGGCUACCUGGACGGGAGCAAGGACGCCUGCCAGGGGGACAGUGGGGGCCCGCACGCCACCAAGUUCCAGGGCACCUGGUACCUGACUGGCAUCGUCAGCUGGGGGGAGGGCUGUGCGAACGAGGGCCACUUCGGGGUGUACACCAGGGUCUCCCAGUACAUCGAGUGGAUGCGCAGGCUCAUGCGCUCCAGCACGACCCUGAGAGGCCUCCUCCGGGCCCCACUGCCCUAGCCCCAGGGCCACCGCCAGCCCCAAAUAAAGCUGCUGCCUGUCCCUCCCUCAAACCCGGAAACACCCCUGCAGUUCCUGGGGUGGUAGGGCGUUGGGAGACAUGGAGACAGACACGGCUGGCCAAGAGGGAGGCACU